AGAGGAGGGGAGGGAGGGAGUGAGGGAGGGAGCAAGCGGGAUGAACGAGACUUGUUUUAGUCCCGUUGAGGCUGCGGAGUGAGGGACGACCCGGCCGGCCGGCGAGUUUCAAGUGGCCGGGCGGAGCUGCUGUGCACAACAGUGAGCACCUGAGCGCUCUGUUUGCUGCCUCUGCACCCGCCUCAUCCUCUCACUUGACCACAGCCGUUCAAUGUCACCACUUCUACUUUGACUUUGAGCCUCGCCAAGUCUGGAACAAGUCCCGGCAGCCACUGACGGAGACAUCUGCGACGCCUCAAUAUGUACCAGGGGCAUUUACAGGGCAAAGACUCUAGGGCUGCAGAUAAGACUGUUGCCAUGGUCCUGAAGGAGAUACCAAGUAAGGCGUCAUCAGAAGGGAAGCCCCUCCUCACGGUGACUACCAAGCUAGUGAGUGAGCAACAAGAGAGUCGCCCGCUUCUGAGCCCAUCAAUUGACGAUUUCCUCUGCGAGACCAAGUGUGAUGAGCUUUCCCGCCCAGUGACCUCCAACACAGCAGUUCUGUCAUCAACAUUGGACCUACUGGACCUCAGUGAGCCAAGUGAGCACAGGAAGAACAAAGACAGGAAGAGUCCUCGUUCGGCCAGGAGAGACAAGCAGAACAGUCCGCACAGGAAAAAGACUGCCGAGACAGAGCUGAUCCAGGUGGAGGUGGAACAGAGCAUGCGGACACCAGAGAGGGCAUCACUAGAGUCCGCUAUUAUUGGUUCACCGUUGGAUAAAUGGGAAGAGUUGAACCCCAACCCUGAGAGAAACGGUAACAGGAAGUGGAAACUGGAGAGACGGCGUUCAUCAAGAAACUCUUCGAAUGAAUUUCUGUGGUCCGUUGACUGUAAAGCCCAAUUAGAGCCAUUGAAUAAGAACUGCAUGGAAGCAAACACCAAAGUGGAGCCAGAGUCUGCCCUAGCGUCUCAACUCAACAGGCAGUAUAUUAGUGGAAGACAUGCUCGUCUAACCAAGGAUCAGCGGUGGGGCAGCGCCCUCCUUUCCAGACAUCAGUCCCUAGAAGAGGAGUUUGAGAGAGCCAAGGCUGCUGUGGAGUCAGAUACAGAAUUCUGGGAUAAGAUGCAGGCAGAGUGGGAGGAAUUGGCUCGGCGAAACUGGCUGACGGAGAAUGAGCAAACCCAGAUUCCCUCCACUGUCUCUCCACAUGAGAAGGGUUACUACUUCCACACAGAUAAUCCCUAUAAGGACUUGCCUAAUGCGUUUGAGGAGGGGCUGAAGAAGUCUCGAGAAGGAGACUUGCCAAAUGCGGUGCUGAUGCUGGAAGCAGCUGUCUUGCAGGAUCCUCACGAUUCAGAGGCUUGGCAAGUGCUGGGCACCACCCAGGCCGAAAACGAGAAUGAGCAGGCGGCAAUUGUCUCCCUCCAGAGGUGUUUGGAGCUCCACCCCAACAACCUCCCAGCCCUCAUGGCCUUGGCGGUGAGCCUGACCAACACGGGCAUGCGCUACGACGCUUGCGAGGCUCUGCUCCGCUGGUUGCGACACAAUCCGAAAUACAAACACCUCCUGAAGGGGAAAAAACAUCUUGCGGGAUCCCCAAACUCCCAGCGCAGGAUGUCUCAUGCACCCAACAUUGGCAGGCAUGAAAGCUCCAUGCUACCCGAGAUCAAGGAGCUCUUCCUGGAAGCUGUCCAGCACAACUCGGACACCGUUGACCCAGACUUGCAGACGGGUCUCGGGGUGCUUUACAACCUCAGUGGCGAGUUCAACAAGGCGGUGGAUGCUUUCAACACGGCUUUGUCGGUGCGGCCUGAGGAUUACUUGCUGUGGAACCGGCUCGGGGCCACGCUGGCAAACGGAGACCGGAGCGAGGAGGCGGUGGAGGCGUACACGCGAGCUUUGGAGCUGCAGCCGGGAUUUAUCAGGUCCCGCUACAACCUGGGAAUAAGCUGCAUUAACCUCGGAGCACACAGAGAGGCGGCCAGAAACUUCCUGACGGCCCUCAGCCUUCAGCGGAAAAGCCAGAGUCGGCAGCAGUCACACCAGGUCAUGUCUGGAAACAUUUGGGCCGCUCUCAGAAUAGCUUUGUCCAUGAUGGACCAGCCCGAGCUCUUCCAGGCUGCAAACAUUGGUGACCUGGAUCACCUCAUGCGAGCUUUUAACUUAGACAUAUGAGGAAUAGUAACGUCGCGUCGACCACAUUUCCUCCUCUUUCUUCUAGCCGGUAGCUGAAAGCCCAAAGUGGACACAUCAGAAUGCAGUGGAUGUAAUGCACGAGAUAUUAGUCUGGAGUUUGUUUUGUUUGUUUGUUUUUUAUGGACGUCGUCCAGCCCAGUUACCUUGGAGCAAUUCUGAGGACAACUUCUUCCAAGUGACUGCUUUGUGACAGAUUUGCACUGCAAUUUGCAAGUAUCCUGAAGAGCACAAGGACGGGCGAAGAUUGUACGAGCAAUGCCUUAGAGAAUAGAUCAAUUAAAAACAGGCUCACUCAUUGGAACAGAGCUGAACCAGGAGAGAGCUCACAGAGGGAACGUCAUGUUCAGUUUGCUGUUGGCACACAACCGAUGACGUUUUGUGAAAACAAAGCUUUCCAAACAACUCAGUUACUCAGAAAGACUCAUGGGCGCUUUGAUUGAGCAAAUGAAAACGACUGCACCGUAUAACCUGAAGUUCACAUUUCUCUUCCUGGCUUGAAAUAACGCUCCCGCAUGACUUUUCAAAAGUUUCCCUUUUGCACUUGAGACAAACCGGUAACCUCCUCCAUCCAAGUGGAAUGUGCAAGCCAGGUUGUGUAAGCCUUACUCAAAAGCAUGCCAACAAGAUUUAUUGAUACUAUUUUUAUGGCAACACAAAAACAUGAAGCCAUUGCAUCCCAUUCUAUAUAUAAUAUUACCAGACUGGUUUCACUUUGUUGAUUUACUGCCGUCUUCUAAACUUGAAAUCUUUCUGAGCCGUUAAUUUGUUGUCGUUUUCUCAUUUGACGAAGUCUCAGUUUUACUUUUUU